GCCAGGGGGUGGGGCAGGGAGAGGAAACGACUCGGUUUUAAAUCAGUUGGCGGCCGCGGUGGUAGUGACAGGUGCUUCUCUGUUGGCGUUCACUAUGGAGGAAGGCUCGGUGAGGGGAGCCACCCAGGGAGAAGCCGCUGUGGGCGCCCAGAACGACCUUCCUCUUUUGACUGAGGAGAAAUUUGACUUUGACCUCUCCCUGUCCUCAUCCAGUGCCAAUGAGGACGAUGAGGUUUUCUUCGGGCCGGUCGGGCACCGGGAGCGCUGUGUGGCCGCCGGCCUGGAGCUGCAGGGCCUGGUGCCCGCGGAGUCGCCACCCUGGAGCCCGUUGGUGGGGGAGCAGUUCCAGGAGAUCUUCCGGGAGGCGCACCUGCUGGCGCUGCAGAUCAAGAGCAGCAGCAAGAAGGCGGCGCCCAGAGCGCCUGAGCCGGGCCUGGGGGAGGACUUCGUGCAGGAGGCCCGGCUGAAGCUGGACAUCUUUGAGCGGGGCCUGCAGGCCCGCCGGAGCCCCCUGGCGCUCAAAAGGGAGACCUACUGCGUGCCGACCCCGGAGGCGGGCCCCGUGCGGGCGGCGCUCUCCUUCGCCGAGUCCCCUGGGGCCCCGGAGCCCGCUCCUGACGCCCGGCUUCAGAGCCAAGGGGCGGCCGAGAAGGGAGCCGCGAGCCGACUGCAGCCCCCCAGACCCUCGUCUGCACUUGGAAAGGGAGCCCCUGCCAAGCCUCAGCCAGGAAGACAGGCCGCUCCUCCCAGGCCCCCGGCCACGGGCUCCCAAGCAUCCUCGGGGGCCAGGCCCUCUGACCAGUCUGGCAGUGCCCCCGGCCUCCUCGCCCCCAGCAAGUUUGGGGCGAGAAGGAUCCUGCUGAAGCCUCCUGGGCCGCCCAGGGCCCUCCCUGGGAGAGCAAGCUCCUCCGGUUCCAGCUCGUUAGGGACCCCAGCGCAGGGCAAAGCAGCCAAACUGAGCGAGGCUUUCGGGCGCCUGCCUGACACUCCCCGGCCCAAGCCAAGCAGCGGGAACGCCUCCUGCCCGAAGCAAAGCCAGGCUGCCCCCUGUGCAGCCCCCUGUGCCGCCCUCUGUGCCCCCCGCGCCAGGGAGUCCGCCUCGGUGUCCCUGAAGCAGUCACAGACGCCCCAAACGGGGAUCCGGAGGCUGAGCUCCCUCCCCAGCCUCUCCCAGCUGCCCAAGCCCAGGGGGCCCAGCUCUGGGGCCAAGGCUGGGCCCCCGGCUAACCCACCCCAGGCGGCCGCGCCCUCUGCAGGAGACUCGCUGGACACUGUGACUCCUGGCGGGCAGGGCCUGAGCCGACGGCCGUCCCGGCCCUCCUUUGGAAGCAGCGCCCCGAGAGCCACCCCCGCCCCGAGAGCCACCCCCGCCCGCUGCUCCUCGGUGGGGGCUCUGCAGCGCCCCGCGCUCAGCACCCGAACCCCCCUGAGCGUCCGGCGCCUAUCUGCCCUGCCCACGCCGUCCGGGUGCCGAGUCUCAGCCCUUCCCGUGUGGCCCACGCCCCGAACCGGCCCCAGGGCCACCUCCCCGCCUCGGCCGCGGGCCGCCCGGCCCCCCUCCCGGGGGCCCCCCAGAAAGGCCGAAGGCAGGCCUGAGCAAGCCCAGGAAGCCAGCAGGCAAGGGGCUUGCCCCACCUUGGACUCCCCGGGGCUGGCGCCUUUGGCCCUCAGCUUUGCCUCCCCGGAGCAGAUGGUACCGGAGACCCCCAAGUCGGAGGCCCCCAAGCUGGAAACCCCCAGGCUGGAGACCCCAAGGCCAGAGACUCUCAGGCCGGAGGCCCCCAAGCCAGAGGCCCCCAAGCCAGAAGCCAUGGAGCAGCAGGAGGCUGUGGAGCAGCGGGAGGCCACGCCGGCCCCCUCUGAGGCCCUGCUCGUCCACAUCGAAGCCCCCGCCUGCCCCGCCCCGGCGCCGCCUCCCCCCUGCAGGCCGCUCAUCGACUUCUCCGACAGCCCCGAGGCGGGCCCCCGGCGGCUCCCCCUGACCCCCCUCCCGGCCGGCAAAGGCCAGCUUCUCAUCGACCUGUUCCACUCUCCGGGCGGCCCCUCCAAGCCUCUGCCCGUCACGGGCCAGCUGAUCGACCUGAGCUCCCCGCUCAUCUGCCUCAGCCCCCUGGGGGAGGACAAAGAGAACCGCGACUCGCCGCUGCUCAAGUUCUAGGUGCCGCCGCCCCGGGACCGCGGGAGCCCCGGGACCCGCCGCCGCCCCGGGCGGUCACCGGGACAAAGCGUGUGCUCUGUGGGACAAGCCAGAAAUUCUAUUUUCUAUGUUUACUUUUAUCGUUUUGUUUACAAAGUGCAAAAUAGAUUCAAUAAAACUCGCAAGCUGCUUUUCCCUUCUUGCC